CUCUCCCUUUCUUGUCUAGAUUCUAGAAUUCUCAACUCGCUCAGUCUCAGUCUCUGUUGAAAUUCGCAUACGAAUCCUUUUCAUUGUUUACAUUAGUGAUUGCUCCAUAUUCUAUCAUUUGUUCUAUGCUCCUUCAUUCCGCAUAAUCCAUGGCCUUCACUUCCACCCUCUCUGUCUAUUCUCACCCACAUGCUCGCCUCCGCCACCAGCGACUGCAAUCGCUGGCCGUAACCGCCGCCGGCUUCGCCCAAUUCGCGCGGCUUCCAACUUUGAAGAGCCGGAGAACUUGUUCUUUGUUCGUGGUUAGGGCUGCUUCCAGUGUCGAAGGAACACCGGCUCGUGCUACCGGUUCUCGCAGAGUCUAUCGCCAGUCUCAGGCCAACGCACCUCUGUUCGUUGCCCCUGUGAAAAAGAUUGCCAACUUUGUUGCCCCCUUUGGCGUGUUCUUCGCCAUCACUUUUGUUAUCUGGAAAUUAGUGGAGAAGCUUCUUGAUCCAACUCCAAAGCAAUUGCAGUCUUCGACUGUGGAAAGCCAAUCUGCUUCACCAGGAGUGAAAUGGUCUAUUGCUGCUGGUACAAAUUUGUUAUCCCAGCUUGGGGCGAAGAUUGAAAGACAAUCUAAACAGAAGCUCAAUGAGUUUGCUCGAGAACUGAGAGCAUUUUCAAGUAUUGAUAUGUCUGGGCGCAACUUUGGAGAUGAAGGAUUAUUCUUUCUUGCUGAGAGCUUGGCAUUCAACCAGACUGCAGAGGAAGUGAGUUUUGCUGCAAAUGGAAUAACGGCAGCUGGAUUGAGAGCUUUUGAUGGUGUUCUUCAAUCAAACAUCACAUUGAAGACUCUUGAUCUUUCAGGAAACCUUGUUGGAGAUGAAGGAGCUAAGUGCUUAUGUGACAUAUUGGUGGAUAACUCCAGCAUUGAGAAGCUCCGGCUAAACAGUGCUGACUUGAGUGAUGAGGGUGCAAAAGCUAUUGCAGAAAUGUUGAAGAAAAAUUCGAGUUUGCGGGUUCUUGAACUUAACAACAACAUGAUUGAAUAUUCUGGAUUUUCAAGUCUAGCUGGAGCACUUCUUGAGAACAACAGCAUACGAAAUAUACAUCUCAAUGGCAAUUACGGUGGUGCUUUGGGGGCUAAUGCAUUGGCUAAAGCACUUGAGGGCAACAAGUCUUUAAGGGAACUUCAUUUGCAUGGAAAUUCUAUAGGAGAUGAAGGAAUCCGUUCUUUGAUGACAGGAUUAUCUUCACAUAAAGGGAAACUUACACUUCUAGACAUUGGAAACAACUCAUUAACAGCGAAAGGAGCGUUCCAUGUGGCUGAGUAUAUUAGGAAGAGCAGAAGCCUGUUAUGGUUGAACCUUUACAUGAAUGACAUUGGUGAUGAGGGAGCAGAAAAAGUCGCUGAUGCUUUGAAGGAAAAUCGGUCAAUAACAACAUUGGAUCUGGGGGGAAAUAACAUUCAUGCUGUUGGAGUUAGUGCCGUUGCUCAAGUUUUGAAAGAUAAUUUAGUUAUUACCACUUUAGAACUUAGUUAUAAUCCCAUUGGACCAGAUGGAGCCAAGGCAUUGGCUGAAGUUCUCAAGUUUCAUGGAAACAUAAAAACCCUUAAGCUUGGUUGGUGCCAGAUAGGAGCAAAGGGGGCUGAGUUCAUUGCGGAUGCUUUAAAAUACAAUACUACGAUAUCAAUUCUGGACUUGCGAGCAAAUGGACUAAGAGAUGAAGGUGCACUGUGCCUUGCUCGCAGCUUGAAAGUGGUUAAUGAAGCUUUAACCUCUCUAGAUUUAGGAUUUAAUGAAAUAAGGGAUGAUGGAGCUUUUGCUAUUGCUCAAGCACUGAAGUCUAAUGAUGAUGUAGCUGUCACAUCCCUAAACAUCGCUAGUAAUUUCCUUACAAAAUUUGGGCAGAGUGCUUUAGCUGAUGCAAGAGACCAUGUCUUGGAGAUGACCGAAAAGGAAAUCAACAUUUUUCUCUAAAAGACAUUCUACUUCUCAAUAAAUGUUAUAAUACUAGAGCAGGAUUUUUUUUGGGAGGAAGGGUUUUUUUUUUUUUUUUUUUUUUUUUUUGCAUAUUUGCUGCCGGCAAUUACUGGUAAGAGCUCGUUUACAUUGAAUUUUUUUAGUUCUAACCAUUCAUUGAGGGAAAGUAUAGAAAUUUGUAUCAGUGUACGUUUUUAGAUGUUUCAAGGGGUUAUAGCCGUUGCAUAUUCUAUUGAUCUUUUUGAUGAUAUGGUUGA